GAUGGCGACUACCUACGAAAGCUUCAAAUUGCACACGACUCCCGAAAAAUUUUACAUCGAGGCCUGUGAUGAUGGGGUCAAUGAUGUCCUUUCCAUCGAUAGAGUGUCUACAGAAAUGACACUCACAGUGAGAAAGGACAUUCCUCCAUCCGCCGUAACCCGACCAAUCUACGGUAUAAUGGGAACAAUUCGACUGGUGGCGGGCAUGUACCUUAUUGUAAUCACAAAGAAGAAAAAGAUGGGAGACUUACUGGGCCAUCCCAUUUGGAAGGCGGUUGAGUUUGAUGUCAUCUCCUACAAGAAGACUGUUUUGCACCUUACAGAUAGCCAGAUGCAAGACAACAAGACCUUCUUAUCCAUGAUCAACAAUGUCCUCAACACAGACGGUUUUUAUUUCGCCACCAAUUAUGACCUGACGCACACCCUUCAACGCUUAUCCAACACCAGUCCUGAGUUUCAGGAAAUGAGCUUACUGGAGAGGGCGGAUCAGAGAUUUGUGUGGAACGGACAUCUGCUCAGAGAAUUCCUUGCACAGCCAGAGCUGCAUAAGUUUGCCUUCCCUGUUAUUCAUGGCUUCAUUGUAAUGAAGUCCUGCUGUAUCAAUGGUAAAGUCUUUGACUGGAACAUCAUUUCUAGGAGGAGCUGCUUUCGGGCCGGAGUACGUUAUUAUGUUCGAGGAAUCGACUCAGAAGGCCACGCUGCUAACUUUGUGGAAACAGAGCAGAUAGUCCAGUACAACGGAGGGAAGGCUUCCUUUGUACAGACUAGGGGUUCGAUUCCCUUUUACUGGUCUCAGAGGCCUAACCUGAAGUACAAACCAAAGCCACAGAUCAGCAAAUACGUCAAUCAUCUCGACGGCUUCCAAAGACAUUUCGAUUCCCAGAUCAUAACGUAUGGAAAACAAGUUAUUUUAAACCUGAUCAAUCAGAAAGGUUCGGAAAAACCACUCGAGCAGGCUUUUGCGAAGAUGGUGGCCAGUUUGGGGAACGGGAUGGUUAAAUACGUAGCGUUCGACUUCCAUAAAGAGUGCAGUCGAAUGAGGUGGCACCGUCUGCAGAUCUUAGUGGACACGGUCGCAGAGAUGCAGGACGAGUAUGGCUACUUCUUGGUGGACGCGGAUGGAACGGUCCAACUCCAGCAGGAGGGGACAUUUCGCAGUAACUGCAUGGACUGCCUGGACCGUACCAACGUCAUUCAGAGUCUGCUGGCUCGCAGGUCUUUACAGUCACAAUUAGAGCGAAUGGGAGUUCUCCAUGUAGGCCAGAGAAUCGAGGAGCAGGCCGACUUUGAGAAGAUUUAUAAAAACGCGUGGGCAGACAAUGCCAAUGCUUGUGCCAAGCAGUACGCUGGCACAGGGGCUCUGAAGACGGAUUUCACAAGAACUGGAAAGAGGACCCACUGGGGCUUGAUGAUGGACGGCUGGAACUCCAUGGUCAGAUACUACAGGAAUAACUUCUCAGAUGGCUUUAGACAGGACUCCAUUGACCUUUUCCUGGGCAACUAUGCUGUGGAUGAGGCAGAUAUGGGCUCCGUCCUUCACGAGCCCAAAGACUGGAAGUUCCUCACGCUUCCCAUCAUUAUGGUGGUUGCCUUCUCCAUGUGUAUUAUCUGUCUGCUGAUGGCGGGUGACACGUGGACGGAGACGUUGGCCUACGUGCUGUUUUGGGGAACGGCGAGCUUCGCCACCGGUGGUUUCAUCCUCUUCAACGGCCGAGACUUCGUGGACGCCCCGAAGCUGGUGCAGAAGGAGAAGAUGGACUGAAUGUGUGUGUGUGGAAAGCAGCUGGGUCCCGCAGACUCUUCUUCAUCCUCCUCUUCCUCCUCCGCCCCAUCCUCUUACUCUCGGCUCCGUCAGGGCUGGAGCCUGUACUGAUGCCGCGUCUCCGUGGAACGGGAAGAUGGCGGAGUCAAACCAGGAGGAAUAAGAAGGAGGAGGAGGAGGAGGAGGGGAAAGAAGAAGAGUGGGGGCCAGACGGGGCCUGGAAGGUCGUGUGUCAGAAAGACAGUAACUUCACGUCUUCAUACUGCAGCUCACACAUGCCUGCUGCUCUCCACACUGUUGUCGUGUCUCGGAGGAGGAGAACAAAAAAAAAAACAGGAAAAAAAACCCCUCCUCUAUCACCAGCCUUGCACUCUUUUCACUUCAAAUGCUUUACCAAUGUCCCGUUGGAGCACUUUGGAGUGGGACCACAUCCUUCUCUAUCUCUCUCUCUCCUACGGAUGCCUGGACCAUAUCAUGUUCACUCACCUACUGCCAUGAGGGCCUGGCCCCAUUCUCUCGUGGCGUACACAUACCGAAACGCCGUGUUUUUCGUCGGUGGCUGUUUUUCCAUUUUGACGCCUGUCGGCAGAUCCGUGCUUCUUCAUUUCAUUGGUUUACGUUGAUUGAGGAGGCGGGGUCGAAGGUGGCAGGGCGUCUUUAAUGGAAACUCCUUUGUAUUCGAAAACAUCGCCAUUGUAAUCCCGGUAUAACCAUUAGGAGUUAGAAAUUUACCCAAUGGUUAGACACUAGAGCCAAGGAUGUAUUUGGACAUUUAGCGAGUCAUGUUUUUGUCUUGGUCUUCCCUCCACAAGUCGGACUUUUUCUUUUUUCCUCAGUUUGUUUAUUUCUCGUAAGGUCCAUCAUUUCAGCCAAUGAAGAGCAAACAUCAUUUAGAAUGAAAAAUUUCAUUAGUUGACCCCCGGAGCAAUGAGUCGGUCCAACCUGUGCUAUGUUAGGGUUAAAAAACAAAACAAAAUUGAUGAUGUUAACCUGUAACAAGAAAUGGGACCAAAGUCUCAUUGUCCAGUGGGAAAAGAGUUCUUAAGGGUGGCGGAUACACAUCUGCUUUCUUUCUUUCAUCUCUCUCUCUUCUCUCUCUCUCUCUCUGUUUGACUGAAUUUUCUGCAUCUUAGGAAGUGGCCUGUCACUAAAUGGUGGCAUUUUAAACCUCUCUCUCUCUCUCUCUCUCUCAUAUGUGCUUUUAUUUCUGUGACUCUGUGGGAGAUGCCGUGCAGUCUUGCAGAGUCCACUGGAGGAACGCCUGCCUUAAGUUUGGGAAGAGGGAUCGUCCGCAAGAGAGAACUGUACAUAAAAUCAUACUGCAUUGUUAUUAUUGUAAUAACGCAGGAGUUCCUGCUCCUCUGUGACAUCCUGCUUAUCACAGAAUGUAAAAGGAAUAUAUCUGUAAUAU